AUGUCUGCCAGGCCUGCAGACAGUCGGCACACCGGCCCCGACCGAGCCCUGCGAGACGGAUGCGAGGGCAGGGCCGCCGAGGAGGAGCUGACACACAUCAUGGCUGCCUCGAUCAUCGGCAACACCGUUCUCAACAUUGCCUCGAAUCCCGUCUCUCCCGGCUCCUCCAGCCCGCCCCUCGACCAGACCAAGGGCUCCGACUUUGUCCCGCCGACGCGGCCCAGCAGCACGCCGUUUCCCCACUCCGAACCGCGGCAUGCCAACUACCACUAUCUGUCGGGCGACGAGGACAUGCUGGAUUUCGAGCACGACGCCGGCUUCACGACGACGCCGUACUCGGAACACUUUGAGACGGUGCCCGAGAUGAAGCUGAGCCUGCUCGAUCUGCCCUCCGAGGUGCACGAGAUGAUCCUCGACCACCUCUUUGGCUACCGCGUGUCGACAAAGUCGAAAAGCUCCGUCGACAUGCAGAGCGUCACCAAGAGCUGGAACACGGCGCUGCGACAUUCGCGUAGGAGAGAGCUGUCCGAGCUGGCGCUGAUCAAUCACACAUGGAGGAUCCUGAUCCAGCAGAGGCUGUUCCGACACUUGAAGCUCAAGGCGACCAUCGACUCGGUCCACGCCGCCGUGACCUUCUUUGCCGCCCACGAUGAGCUGCGUUACUACGUCAAGCACAUUGAGCUGUGGUUCCCCGUCUUCCAGCCAAAGUACGGCCCGCUCGCGUUGAGUUCCGCCCUGGCUCUACCGACUGUGACGUCCGACGGCCUCACCAACGCGACGUACACGCUACCGGCCAACAACUGCACUCUCGAGGAGGCCCUCCUCUUCGUGGCCGAGACGCUGCCGUUCGUCAUGAUCCUGACGCUCGAGGGCGGGGAGCGGAAGAAGGCGCCCAUGGUGCAGCAUUCCUCCUGGGCUGGCCCCAACGACUGGGCCCUGCCGAUCCUCGAAUCCGUCCGCACGCUCGUCACGAGGGGCCAGUGGAACCUCAUGCGCACCGACGAGGAUUUCAGGUCGAUCCUCUCGUCCCUGCCCAACCUCACCGAGUGGCACGGCUCCUACUCGAAGCCCAAGUCCAAGAGCUAUCUCUCCAUGGCCCGCGUCCUGCCUGAUCUGCCCGCCGCCCACCUCAAGAGCCUCCACCUCUGUCUCGAGAGCGACUACCGCCGCGAGGUCACCUACCCGGCCCACCACGUCAAGGUCUGCCGGAGCGUCCACUUUUGCACAAAGCUCGCCGAGGCCGUGCCCCAGCUCGAGCACUUUUCCUACACGGGCCGCAUCUGCAAGUCCUUCUUCCGCGUCCUCGCCGAACUGACCGACCCUCGCACGACGCGGCUGAAGAGUAUCGACAUCACCGUCAAGAACUGCUGCCGACCCGUGCCCGUGUUUCACGAGUCGGGCAGCGGCAUCCAGGACACAGGGUUCAUUGACGCGUUCGAGCUGCUUGUUGCCCAGGGUAUUCGGGCGCUGCAGAAGCUUCGGUCUGUGGAUUACCUGCGGAUCCGCUUCGUAGACCUAGACUCCCUGCUGCCGCCCCUGAACCCCUACUUCCUCCUCCGCGGCGACUCUUGUCUCGGCAUCUGGAGCGGACGCAUCCUCUCCGAGCUCAAGGAUGCCCGGCCGCGCGCGUCGUACGAGGAGCUCAGCGAGACCUUUGGCGAUAUCGGCAUCAACAAGGACGGGAGGCUGGUGAUCAGCGGGUCUGGCGCCAACUACCAGCGGUCGCAGUUUCGGUCGCUCAAGGUCAACAACUAUCACCUGCUGGCGACAAGCAUCAUCCCGGGGUGA